GGGAAGCAGGGCCCCCCCCGUCGGCCCCUUUGCCCCGGGCCAGCUUCUGUGAAGUGGGCACCUCCACUGGGGCCCCCCGGGUGGGCUCCAUGGCAUUUUCUGAACUCCUAGACCAAGUGGGUGGCCUGGGCAGGUUCCAGGUUCUCCAGUUGGUGGCUCUGGUGGUCCCCAUCGUGUGGCUCACCACUCAGAGCAUGCUGGAGAACUUCUCGGCCGCCGUGCCCAGCCACCGAUGCUGGGUACCCCUCCUGGACAACAGCACUGCCCAGGCCAGUGUCCCCGGGGCCCUGGGCCCCAAGGACCUCCUGACCGUCUCCAUCCCCCCGGGCCCCGACCACGAGCCCCAUCGGUGUCGCCGCUUCCGCCAACCACAGUGGCAGCUCCUGGACCCCAACGCCACGGCCACCAACUGGAGCGAGGCUGCCACAGAGCCGUGCAUGGACGGCUGGGUCUAUGACCGCAGCACCUUCCCCUCCACCAUCGUGGCCAAGUGGGACCUGGUGUGUGACUCCCACGCCCUAAAGCCCAUGGCCCAGUCCAUCUACCUGUCUGGGAUCCUGGUGGGAGCUGCGGUGUGCGGCCACAUCUCCGACAGGUUUGGGCGCAGGCUGGUGCUGACCUGGAACUACCUUCAGAUGGCCGUGUCGGGCACGGCCGCCGCCUUCGCCCCCACCUUCCCCGUGUACUGCCUGUUCCGCUUCCUGGCGGCCUUCGGCGUGGCGGGCGUCAUGAUGAACACCGGCACGCUCCUGAUGGAGUGGACAUCGGCGUGCGCCCGAGCCUUGGCGAUGACCUUGAACUCCCUGGGCUUCAGCUUCGGCCAGGUCCUGAUGGCAGCCGUGGCCUAUGGCGUGCGGGACUGGGCCCUGCUGCAGCUGGUGGUCUCUGUCCCCUUCUUCCUCUGCUUUGUGUACUCCUGGUGGCUGGCAGAGUCGGCCCGAUGGCUCCUCAUCACAGGCAGGCUGGAGCGGGGCCUGCGGGAGCUGCGGAGGGUGGCUGCCAUCAACAGGAAGAGGGUGGUGGAGGGCACGCUGACCACCGAGGCCUUACUCUCAGCCAUGCAGGAGGAGCUGAGUGUGGGCCAGGCCCCCGCCAGGCUGGGUGCCCUUUUCUGCACGCCUGGGCUGCCCCUCCGGACCGGCAUCUCCACUCUGUGCUGGUUCGCCUUUGGCUUCACCUUCUACGGCCUGGCCCUGGACCUGCAGGCCCUAGACAGCAACAUCUUCCUGCUCCAGGUCCUCAUUGGGGUCGUGGACAUUCCGGCCAAGAUAGGCUCCCUGCUGCUGCUGAGCCGUCUGGGCCGCCGGCCCACCCAGGUGGGGUCCCUGGUUCUGUCAGGGCUCUGCAUCCUGGCCAACACGCUGGUGCCCUACGAGAUGGGGGCCCUGCGUUCAGCCCUGGCCGUGCUGGGGCUCGGGGGCCUGGGGGCCGCCUUCACCUGCAUCAGCAUCUACACCGGUGAGCUCUUCCCCACCGUGCUCAGGAUGACAGCGGUGGGUCUGGGCCAGAUGGCAGCCCGAGGGGGAGCAAUCCUGGGGCCUCUGGUCCGGCUGCUGGCUGUCCACGGCCGCUGGCUGCCCCUGCUGGUGUACGGGGGGGUGCCAGUCCUUAGUGGCCUGGCUGCCCUCCUGCUCCCAGAGACUCAGAGCCUGCCGCUGCCCGACACCAUUCAAGAUGUGCAGAACCAGGCGGUAAAGAAGGCAACACGCAGCACCCCGGGGCCCACUGUCCUGAAAUCCACACACUUUUAAGCCUCCCGGGAAUUCUGCGAGGCAACGCUGGGAGGAGCACCUUCUCUCUUUUGGAGAAGGCAGGACGGCAAAGGCCCCCAUCUCUAGAAGAGGCUGCCCCUCUCUGCCUGAGGAGCCGCCUUCAACAAAGAAAGGGCCAGAGGACAGCUUCACUGGCUGGGGGCUGCCCCGUGCACCCUCACGGGACCCUCCCUCGUGACUGAGAGAAGGAGCAGGGACCCACAGGAACCUGUUUACCCCUGCUCCCCUCCUCACUGCUCACGGCCCCUAGCUGCCCACUGCCCCCCCGAGCUCGGAGGCCACCACCACCCACGGUCAAAUCUUCCCCAGCUCCUCACACUGCCCCGAGAGCCCCACACAAGUCUGAGCUCCUCAGCCAUUCCCCAAAGGCCCCCAGUCCCCCCUCUCUCCACAUUCCAGCCAAGGACCAAUCCUCCCCGCCCCUUCUCUACCUGACAAAGUCCCUCCCAGACCCAGGGCCCAGGGCCCAGCCCAAGGACAUAAUGAAACCCUUACCCACAGCCAUGGUGCCGCACCUGACUCCCACACUCUGGCCUCGGAGUUCCCAGAGGGUUGGGGUGGCCGCUUACCCCUUGACCCCAGCUCCCACACAGAGCCUGGCAGGAGGGGCACUGGUGAGGGGGAGACAAAAGAGUGAAUAAAGGAACAC